AUGCAUGAAGGGACACGAAAAAAACAAAGAGACUUGAAGGAACCCGAAGAUAGAGAGAAGGAACUCGAAGAGAAACGAAGGAACUCGAAGAGACACGAAAGAACCCGAAGAUACACGAAAGGAACUCGAAGUAACACGAUGGUACACGAAAGGAACCGAAGAUACACGAAGAAACCUGAAGAUGCACGAAAAGAACUCGAAGAGCCACGAAGGAACACGAAGGAACUCGAAGGUUAUUAUGGUGAAUUUUAUAUGGAAGCUGCUGUGAAUGUGAAGGAGCAACUUAAUACGCAUUUAUAG